CGAAUGGCCAAAUCCUCGCCGUUUUAUUACACCGAUUACCACUGCGAUUCCAGUUUCAUCUUCUAUGGUAAAUUCUACUCGGUCGCAUGUAGAAUCAAAGAUUACUAAUUUAAGUACUGUAUUUCCUCCCAAUUAUCGAAGUUCAAUGUCAUCAAUUCGUGACAAUUAUCCCUUAUCGUCUAGUAAUUCUAGAAGGACUUCGAUGAAUUCUACUCAUGUUUCAUUACCUCGAAAACAGUAUGGUCUACCGGUUUUUUCUCCUGAAAUGAACUCUAAUUCAAUUGAUUCAACAUGUGACUUGAAGUUAUCUAGUCUAACAGACAUAUCAUCUGCGGUUACGAACAAUGAAUUAGACGAGCCACAGCAAUUCGAUUUCUCUAUAGGUGGGAGGCAUAUUAACUCAUCACACUGUAAGUCAGCGUCAUUACAAUCUUAUUCUUCUGAAACACCGUCCUCAGCUUCCAUACCAACAGAAUCUGAUGAGAGUAUUUCUACAUCUGCCAACUUUCCAUUAAAUAUAAAUGAUAAUCCAUUACCCUUUGUUUCUACCCCUACAAACGAGAAUACAUUAGUCGACCGAAACCGUGGUCGAAGUCGUAAUCGAAGUAAUCGAUCUAACUCACUUAGCAAAAAUUCAUUUAAUAAUCGUGAUAAAUGUCAAACAAAUUCUGAUACUGAUCAAGAAACCUUAACAUUUCGUGACACUACUCAAAAAUCUACAACUUCGCAUUCUGAACACUUUUCACAAAGUUCCAAAUCGUUAUCGAUUGCUGCCAGUAAUCCAGUGUCUGAUGAUAAUGAUUUUUCAAUGCCACCACCAAGUAUGCCAUCUGCGCCACGCUCUGUUUCCGGAGCAAAUAAUCGUGGACGUAAACGGAAAAGUGAUGCAUCUAAACAUCUACCGGAUUCAAAUUCAACGUUCUCAAAAGCUUCGUACAGUUCUAAACGUGAACGUGUCAGUUCAUCGAAAAUUGAGUCGAAUAGCAAUGAUAUACAAAAAGCUUCUCAAAAUACAAGUUCUGACAUUUGGGAUGUACGUGUCCCUGUAAUUAGUUUAGUUGAUGGUUCUUUAAUUUAUGGUGAUAAAGCUCCUGAACGAAGGUCUCUAGAAGCUUGGUUGGAUGCAAAUCCAAACUAUAUGCCAUAUUCCGUGGAAGUGGAGGAUCGUGCAAUCUAUAAUCGUGUUGCAAGUGCUAGGGGCCAAGAUACAAGUAACAUGGAAGCAUUGGCUUAUAAACAUUACUUGAAUAGUUUGUUAGCUAGUGCAGCAACUGGUGGUGGUAUUGGCAAUAACAAUGUGGCAACGUCCAAUUCUCCAUCUUCUGCUGCUUCCUCUCAGGUUAACAAUUUCAGUGCACAACAAUAUUUACAGCAACAGCAGUUAUUAAAUACAUUUGGUGCUUAUGCUCGCCAUCCAGCUUAUGCUAAUUUGAUCGCUUCUGCUUUAAGUAACUGGCAGUCCAUAUCCCCUGCGCUGUCAUCCACUGUUACCUCUAGUACUGGAGUUAUUUCUAAUACUACUACUAAAUCACGAGUUUCUGUUUCCACAAGCUGUGCACCGUCAACGUCUCGUUCUUCAAAAUCCCGUUCCACUGGUAACCGUUCGGAGAAUUCAAAUCGUCGACGCGAUCCUGUUGAAGUAACAGAUUCCUCUCCCAAAUGCCAGUCAUAUCCAUUUGUUUCUGAGAGGACUCCCAGUAAUACUCCGACAUUACAAGAUCCAUUCCAAUUAAACUCUGGUAACCAACGAAUGGAUUCAAUGCUAAGUGCUGUUUAUCAGCAAGCUGCUGCAAUGAAUCUAGCUUACAUGUGUAAUCCUGUAACUGCUGCAGCUCUAUAUAGUCAACUUAUGUUGGCAUGUUCUGGAUCAGCCAUUCCACCGGAUAUCGGAUCACCUAAUAUUAAUUUAGCAUCUAACGCCGUUGCUUCACAACAAGCUACUCUAGCUUCUUUAUACGCUAAUUACUUGUUGUCAGCUAAACAGAUGCAACAAAGGCAAGUAACUCAGCCAACGAAUCACUGGGAUUCUCAGCAACUUCUUGCAUCUUUAGCCUCCACUCUAGUUUCUGCUUGUGGUAGUUCUGGAGAACUAGACACUGCUGCUCUUUUAUCAAUGUUUAGUGGGGCUGGAAAUACUUCACUGGGAAUAGGAACGACUUCUACUCCUGUAAAGCAUUCAAACUGUCAGCAACAGUCGUGCACCCAACCGGACAAUAGAAUUCAUUCAAUCUCACCAUCUCCUACACCCGCCUCUGACUUAACUAGCUCUGUUUGUGCAGAGCGAGAAACUCAGGAUUCCGGAGAUACCAGACAAAUUGUAUCUUGUAGACAUUCAGAUCAAUCUCAGGAUAAAUAUGAUACUACUAAAGAAUAUGAAGAGACUCAAGCUAUUUUAGAUCUCAGUAAAUAAUGAUUUUAGCUUCAGGCUUUUGUGUAUCUAUAGCGUGGUAAUCCAUAUAUAUAUAUAUAUAUAUAUAUAUAUAUAUAUAUUCUGUAUGUUCUAUGUUGCAUGUGGUUUUGUUUAGUAAUCGCCUUUACAAAUCAUUUCUAAAUUCAACUCGGUGCGUUAUUCAAUCUUGUGUUUGCUUACUGGGCAUUUCAUUAUUAUUAUUAUUAUGAUUAUUUUUAUUUGCUUUUCCCAUUGUACUACUACUCUUUAUUGUAAACAUCUACAACUUCACUAUCAUUACUUUUAAAAUUUACUUGUUUAAUACAUGGUAUUUCUAAUAAUUUCUAUGUGUAUGCACAUUGUGUUUAACUCUGUUCAAAAAUGAAAUGAGAAAUGUAUGAUAAUACUGAUAAUUUGUUUAUAUUCCUCUACUUAUGUGCGUUGCUGUAUUCUAAAUGGAUCAUUCAUAGAAAAGUAUGCCCUGUUCAUAUCGUGUGUUGUCCUCUUUUUUUUUCUCAGUUAUUGAUUAAACUAUUUAGAAAAUCUUUCAAAAAUUACUCAAACACAGUCUCAUCAUCUUCAAUGAAUCACUUCAAUUCAAUUUUUAUUUCAAUUUUCCUAACUGUCCACGUUUUCCCUCUCUUACACAUAUACAUAUACAUAUGUUUGUAUAUGUGUGUUUGUGUUUACGAAAUUAUCUUAGUUAUAUUAUACACCUAAAAAACUGUAUGUUGUUGUCUAAGAACACUUUGUAUCUGAUGCAUUUCUACUUUGUGUUUUCUUUUCCAAAAAUCUGUAAUUAUGCAUAUAUUUAUAUGCAUAGAUAUACACACAUAUAUAUAUAUAUUUACAUAUAUUGCUUCACUAGG